AUGCCAGAACACUCCUACACCUCCAGUAGGGGAGUCCCCGAAGGAGGGCCGUUGGCAGCAGCCGCAGCGGCGUUUCACAAGGACCGGGACUAUAGCACCUCGAAUCUCCCAGGAGCUUUUCCCAAAGAAACGGCAUACGAUUCGGUCACCAUUGCCCCUUCAUCAUCGACGUCGACAGCCGAUCCAUCUAGCCAAUCUGCCACUUACAGUCAGACGGAGAAUACCAUGCUGCCUGAUGCCAAUGCUGCAGCUCAAUCAGCCAACAGUGCUGCGUCGGUAAGCAGGGAAGCAGGCUCGGACGAGCCAAAACACACGAGCACCGUUGGGAAGAUCCUCGGUGCUGUAGGCCUUGGAACCGCUGCUGCUGGCGCUGGAGUCGCUUCUUCGAGGGCAAGAGACGAUGUCUCUCAGCCUACAACCACUACCGGUGUUGAUUCUUACACCGCCCCAACGCAGUCAGUUCCCGUAUCAUCGGAUCAUGGACUCUCAGACGUUUCUCAACCUACAACCACUACAGGUGUUGACUCUUACACUGCCCCAACGCAGUCAGUUCCCGUAUCAUCGGAUCCGGAAGUCUCAGAACCGGCGCACCGACACCAGCGUAAGGAAAGCAUUCCUACUACAGCCUAUCCGGCAGGUUUAGAAUCUCCUGCACCUAUAAAUGCUCCAAUUGGAGGCACAACUGCUUCGCGUGAGCCAGAGUCCAAGGAUCACACAGGUCGCAAUGUCGGUUUCGCAGCAGCGGGUGCCGGCGCGGCAGCUAUUGGAGCAUAUGAAUACGGGCGGGACAAGGAAGUUCGUGGGGGUGUAAUGGACACUCCAGCGCACGGUACUGCCAGCACAACAUCUCCUGCUGCCAUCCCAAUGGAACUCGGGCAGGACAGCUCCCAUCUGGGACGAGACACCAUUGCGACUCCAGCAACGACGGUGACGCAACCGGAAAGAGAGUCGCAUGGGUACGGCAAAACAGCAGCGGCAGCCGGCGGCGUCGGCGCGGCAGCUCUUGGCGCACAUGAAUAUGGCCGGGACAAGGAAUUGCGUGAAGAUGUAAUGGACACUCCAGCGCACGGUACUGCUAGCAGAACGACCCCUGCUGCUGCCGCACCACAAUUCAAGCAGGACAGCUCCCAUCUGGGACGAGAUACCAGGGAGACUCCCACAACAACGGUGACGGACUCGGGUAGAGACUCGCAUGGGUACGGCGAAACAGCAGCGGCAGCUGGUGUGGGCGCUGGAGCAGGCGCCGCCGGAAUGUAUGCCUUGCAGCACAAUGAUCGCGAGGCCGAGCGAUCCGACUGGCCUCUCCGCGAGGAUGUUACUACGACGCCAGCUGCCAGCGCUAUACCUACUUCACAAAGAGCUAUGGAGAAGCAACCUGCUGCUGUGCAGUCCCGUCAACAAGAUUACGCCGCGCACAACGCUCCACAGAGGACCAUGGAGAGGCAGCCUGCUGCUGUCGAGACCCGUCAACAGGAUUACUCUGCGUAUAACGCACCAGCAGCCAAGAACACAGAUCAAAGUAUCCCAGAGAGAUCAGCCCCUCCGCAGUACAGUGACCGUCAGAGCCGGUAUGAAGAGCCGUCGCAGAAGGACACGGCAAGAAAAGAGGCCGCCCGGGCCGGCACUGCAGAGACCGGAACAGCAGCGUCAACCGUGCCAGGGCGCAACGAGGAACAAGCCAAAGCUGAUGAUGAAGCUGAACGGCGAAGGCGAAGAGAGAAAGAGGCUGCACUCGCAGGUGCGGCUGGCGUUGGUGCUGGUGCCACAGGUUUCCAUGAAUACGAGAAACACCAACACGAGGAAGACGAGGCUCGUCGACAGAAAGACUUAGCUGAACAGGAGGAAGCUCGCCGUAGACAAUUCGAGAAAGACCAAAAAGCUGCCGCUAAAGAAGCAAAGAAGGAGGAGAAGAAGCAGGCAAAAGAGGAAAAGCUAGCAGCCAAGGAGGAGCACAAACAUCAGAAGGAGGUGGAGAAGGAAGAGAAAAAGCACGAGAAAGAGCUCGAGAAGGAGCACAAACACCGGAAGGAAGUGGAGAAGGAAGAGAAAAAGCAUGAGAAAGAGCUCGCGAAGGAGGAGAAGGAACACCGAAAGGAGCUUGAGAAGGAGGAGGCACACCGAAAAGAGCUUGAGAAAGAAAGAACGGCACAUGACAAGGCAGCCAUCGCCGAGCAGGAGAGGCAGCAGAAGCGGGACCGCGAAGAACGUGAACGACAUGAGAAAGAAGCCGCUGCGGCCACUGCUGUUGGAGGCGGCGCAGCUGGGUACGAAGUCCACGAUAAGGAUAGACACCCACCUCCGACUACCGCUACUGAUGAAUCAGGCCAUACGAAGCUUCACAAGGAUCCGCCCCCAGAGAAGAAACCCGGUCUCUUGAAGCGAAUAUUCCGCAGGCGCAAGAACAAGGAUACUGGCGAGGACGAAGAAUACGAAGACUACGAAGGCCACGAGCACGAGCUUGAAUCGGAGCAUGCCGACCACCACAUCGCCGCAAGUGGUAUCGGAGCCGGAACAAGUGCAGCUACUGCUGGAACUGCUGUUGCAACGUCCCACGAGCUUCCUGCCAAUUCCUACGAAGCACAAAGCGGUGGUGCGCAGAAGCCGUCUUACAACCCAUUCAAGAAAGACGAUCCAGCCAGCACCGUCGGCGUCGCUGGAACCACGGCGAGCGCUCAUCCUCCUGCCUCUCGUGACUUUGAUCCUCCUCCCCAAUACUGA